CCGUUUUGUUUAUCAGUCGCGUGACUAGGGAACAAAGAGUAAGAUGUCUGGACGUGGAAAAGGAGGCAAAGGGCUUGGAAAGGGUGGUGCUAAGCGCCAUCGUAAAGUGUUGCGAGACAACAUCCAAGGUAUUACAAAGCCAGCUAUUCGCCGUUUAGCCAGGCGCGGUGGAGUAAAGCGAAUUUCUGGUUUGAUCUAUGAGGAGACGCGCGGGGUGCUCAAAGUGUUUUUGGAGAACGUCAUCCGAGAUGCUGUCACUUACACUGAGCACGCCAAGAGAAAGACCGUGACUGCCAUGGACGUGGUGUACGCUUUGAAAAGACAAGGUCGUACUCUGUAUGGCUUUGGCGGUUAAUCCUUCGGCGAAACGUAAAUCUCAUUACCCAAAGGCUCUUUUA